AUGUCCUCCACCACCUUCUUCCGGCUCGCCUCGCGCACCGCUCCCGUCAAUGUUUUCAGAGCGUCCUACUCAGCCCGUUCAAGGGCGGCGACAACACCCGUCGUCGCCUCCACCGCUGCUCCCGCCAUUGUCGCCUUUGGCGGUCUCAGCAGCUUCAGCACGACCUCGAGAUGUGCUGGGCAUAGUGCUGCACAUGAGGAGGAAACCUUUGAGGAGUUUUCGGCUAGGUACGAAAAAGAAUUCGAUGCCGUUCAGGAUGUCUUCGAACUUCAGCGAAACCUUAACAAUGCCUUCGCAUACGAUCUCGUCCCCUCCGUAAGCGUCAUGACCGCCGCCCUCAAGGCUGCACGGAGGGUCAACGACUUCCCCACCGCCGUCCGGAUCUUUGAAGGCAUCAAAGCCAAAGUCGAAAACAAAGGUCAAUACGAAAUGUACCUGGAAGAACUCAAGGGUCUCCGAGAGGAACUGGGCGUAACUCUCCAGGAGGAAUUAUAUCCCGAGGAGAAGAAAUAG